CCGCUUGGUGGCAGCAUCGCUGCUGUCAGUGCUUCGUUUAUCUUUUGCUUGUACUUUCCCGAGUUUUUUUUGCGUAAUAACAGUAUAAAUCUUUGAAGUGUUUUUGAAUAAUUAGACGAGAAUGAUCCUGAAGUUAGUGCGACCAAAAUUAGUAACGUUUGACGUGACAGGGACAUUGCUGAUGACAAAGUUGGAGGAGCAUUACACGGAAGCUGGCUUGCAGCAUGGCUUGUUACUUGAUCCAAAUCUACUGGCGGGCAGCUUCAAAAGUAACUUUAAAAAACUUAGUUUGGAGCAUCCAAUAUAUGGAAAACAUACUGGUCUUGGAUGGGAAAAUUGGUGGCGAACGAUUGUUUAUAACAUCUUCAAGGAGCAGGACCAGCAGGUCUGCAACGUGAAGCUUGAAAAGGUUGCGAGCAGCUUGAUAAAAUGCUAUGGUACGAGUAGGUGCUGGCACAAAUAUCCUGGAGUUAUUGAGCUACUUGACUACCUGAAGGGACGUGGUAUCAUCAUGGGAGUAAUAUCAAACUUUGACGAGAGAUUAGAGUCUGUACUGGCCAGUACCAAACUCAGACCGUACUUUUCCUUUGUUCUGACUUCGUAUAAUCUUGGCAUCGAGAAACCACAUCCAUCCAUUUUUGAAGAGGCGCUCAAAUACACGAAAGAGCUAUAUGGGACGACUGUACUUCCGGAGGAGGCUGUUCAUAUAGGAGACACACUGACAAAUGAUUAUCUGGGCGCGAAGAAGGCUGGUUGGAAUGCCAUUUUAAUAAAGCGCGAUGGCAGAGCUGUUGAUGAGACUAAAGUCUCUGGAAAAGAUGUAUAUAGAGGUUUGGAGGAAUUGAAAAGUUAUUUUGAUACUAAAUUUAGUGACGUAUCAGGCAAUACAAUGUAAAGUGUACCAUAGACGAAUUUAGUUGAACUAUCUUUAAUAAUAAUAAUAAUUUUAGGUAUCAUAAGAUCUGUGUAUGAUAUACUCAUGAUGUGUCACGCGCAAGCGCGCUAUGUUCAUUCGUAAAUUAUUAUAUGUAAACGAGCACCGCAAUACAGAUAUUUUAUUCCGUUA